CUUAAAUAAAUCCAUCAAGCACACUACUGUUUCACACACUACAAAUAGAGCUAGCAUCUUACUUAGAACCUUAUCUUCAUUUCUUCAUAAAACACUUUCAUCUUCAUGAUAAUGAAGGACACCAUAGUUCUAUACCCGGCAUUGGGGAUAGGACAUCUAGUCUCUAUGGUUGAGUUAGGGAAGCUAAUAUUAACCCACAAUCCUUCCUUUUCCAUCAUAAGUCUCAUCCAUACCCCACCCAACAACAGCAACCACAAUAACCAACACACCACUUCCACCACAACAUUUGACUGCGACUCCACCUCCCAAUACAUGGCCACCAUAUCCCCCACCGUACCUUCCAUCACUUUCCACCACAUCCCACCCCCCAUAUCAUUCCCCGCCAGCACCACCCUCCCACCUCACAUACUCACCAUCCAGCUAUGCCAUCAUAACAAUCAAUACGUUGGCCAUGUUCUCCAAUCCAUUUCUGAAACCACCAACCUUAAGGCCAUUGUAAUGGACUUCUUCAACUACAGUGCCACCCAAGUCACUGCAACCCUUAACAUCCCCUCUUACUUUUACUAUACCUCAGGAGCUUCUUGUUUUGCUAUGCAACUUCAUCUUCCAACCAUUCAUCAGAACACCACAAAAUCUAUCAAAGACCUUCAAAUGCAUCUUCAAAUCCCUGGAGUACCAAAGAUUCUCCCAACAGACUUACCAACUGAAGUGCAUGAUCGUGCGAGUCAGAGUUACCAAGUUCACCUUGUUAUAGCAACAAGCAUGAGGGACAGUGAUGGGGUUAUCAUAAACACCUUUGAUGCUAUUGAAGGAAGAGUUAUCAGAGCGUUAAGCGCUGGUUUAUGCUUACCGAAAGGAACUACACCGCCGGUGUUCUGCAUUGGACCAUUGAUUUCGCCCCCUUGUAGAGAUGAAGAUGAGAGUGGUUGUUUGAGUUGGCUCGAUUCACAACCGAGUCAAAGCGUCGUGUUGCUGAUUUUCGGAAGCAUGGGAUGGUUUUCGAGGACUCAGUUGAAGGAGAUUGCUAUUGGGUUGGAGAAAAGUGAGCAAAGGUUUUUGUGGGUUGUGAGGAGCGAGUUAGAUCGGGUGAACCCAGAACCGAGUUUGGAGGAGUUGAUGCCAGAAGGAUUUUUGGAGAGAACCAAGGAAAGGGGAUUGGUGGUGAAAAAUUGGGCACCACAGGUAGCGAUUCUGAGUCACAACUCGGUGGGUGGAUUCGUGACUCACUGUGGGUGGAACUCGGUGUUGGAGGCUAUUUGUGAAGGGGUACCAAUGGUGACGUGGCCUUUAUACGCAGAGCAAAAGUUCAACAGAGUGAUUUUGGUUGAGGAAAUGAAGGUGGCUUUGGCACUUAACGAGUCCAAAGAUGGAUUCGUAACUGCAACUGAGUUGCGAGACCGGGUUAAGGAGCUGAUGGACUCGGACAAAGGAAACGAGAUUAGGAAAAGGAUUUUAAAUAUGAAAACAAGUGCUCUGGAAGCAAGAGCACACGGUGGAUCUUCCCCUGUUGCUUUGAAUAAGUUGGCUCAGUUGUGGAAAUAAUUCUGAGUUACUUAUCCAUAAAUAUGAUAUAUAUUUGGCCCAAUAUCAUACUCAUCUUUAGCUGG